AUGGAGGCGAUUAUACUUGACGAAAGCAUGGAGCUGGCUCCUGAUACGGCCAGAUACUUUGAUCCCCAAGAUGAUAUCGAGAUAGAUCUAGAUGAGGUGGCCGCGCCGAACCACGACGUUGACGUGAUCGUUGAUGAUGCCUCUAUGGCCGGCUCAGAUCAUCCGGAGGCCACGAGAGGGACACAUGAAUCCGUAAGAGAUGCAGAUAUGAUAGACGAUGGUCACGGGGCCCAUCAUAUCGAAGGUAUUCACAAACGUGCCGAAGAAGAUUAUCAGUUCAUCAACGAUGCACUAGAUAUCGACCAUCAGUCCUACGAGAUGGAGGAUGAUUAUGAGGAGGAUAUCGAUGCUCCGAUCCCGGGCACAGGUGUAAUGGAACCUGAUGCACCUGCAAAUAGUGCACCUUCGGCUGAAAUGGCAGAGGAGGGUUAUCAUGGCCUUGAAAAUGAGCCCGCAGAGCGGGUUGAACCAAAUGGUCGGUCAGAUUUGCCCGAAGAGAACACACCAUUAGAGCCCAAGGAAGAGCGCGAAGAGGCUCAUAUGCCUCCUAUUGGGGAGCAAGAACAGAAUACCGAGGUUAAACUGGGUGAUGGCGAACCGGAGCACCUUAACAUUGCCUCCGAUGAACAGCUGCAAAAUUCAGAGGAUCUCGAGCAUGAAGAACAAAUCCACGAGGUAAAAUCCCAGGCUGAAGGCAUAGCUCCAGGGAAUGUUGAUGAAAACACCACAGACCAGGUAGACGAGGAAGCCGCUGUCCUCGGCAAGAAUGAAAUUGGCGCCCAUGAAAGCGGAAUUUCUAUGAUGCACAACGUUCAAGUCUUGUAUCAAGACAGUGAAAUUUCUUUAUUUCCUCCCAAAGAAGAUGAUCUAUCUGAAACAUACUUUCUCGAGGACGAAGCUUUGGCACACGAGCCCAUCGGAGAUUUGCUUAACGCCUGUCGAGUAGUCUUGGGGGAUCAUAUGGGAACGGAAGAGGAGCUGUACAUGGACAUAGAGUGUCUUGGGAUUCAUCUAACAGAGGCCACCCGUUCCCCUAUUUCAUUAUCACAGGUAGUUCAAGUGUAUCUUGACCUUUGCCGUAAUGAUGGAGACACCAACCCUGGUCCUCUUUACAUAACUCUUGCCACGCAACCAUCCUUUACCCAGAACUUUACCAAUCUUUCGGAGGCAGCUCAGUCUGGCAAAGGUCUAGCACAUGUUAGUAAAUGGGAUGAGUACGAGGACCAAAUAGUGUUUGAAGAGCAUGGAGCCACAGGCAAUCAACAAGAAGAAGAAGAACCAGAAAACACAGAAAGCAGAGAAAAGGUGGAAGAACCCGAAUUUUCUGUAGAAAAACCAACAACUCCCCAGAACCAUCCAGAAAUGCAACAUGAAGAGGGAAAUGAGGAGGAGGCUUACGCAAAUGAAGGUAUUGAAAUUAAUGCAAAUGAAACAGAAGAACAGGAAGCACAAGAAGUGCAACCUGUCCCUGCUGAAGUUACAGCUGAGGCCCCCGACAUCGAGGCCAAUCAGCUAGAGUUGGAAGAGGCUACCCACAAACGCUUUUCUCCCAAUGAAGGCGCCGAACAGGAGAUAACGGAGGAAAAUAUAGCUGCCGAACGAGUCGAAGAACCAAGUCAUGGAGGCGUGCAAGAAGAAGAAGAAAACGCUCAAUCCCCAGUUCCCGACAACGAAGAUGGCGAAUCUUCAGUACCUGAUCCCUCUAGAGAUACUAACACUGAGCCCACCCAUGAAAUUGUCGCAGAUGCCCGUGAAGAUUUUAUUGAAAUCGACCUGGAAGCGUUUGAUAAAGAGUCACACGUCGAUGAUGGCCAUGUGGAAGAUGACUCUAGUUAUCCUUCCCAUGAACAGGCUGCCGAACCUAGCACGCCAGAACCAAGCUACAACCCACUUGAGGUUGACGAAGAUAUAUUCAAGAGCCCCACUGCUGCUCAAUCAGAGUUACCCCAUGAGUCUUUCGAUGAUCAGGAUAUAGGUCGGUCAGACGUAACUGCCGAUCUGACUGAAAUACAUGAUGAGAACCAGGUAGAAAUCAUUCUACCUGCGGACCAGACCGGUGAUGGUCAACACACUUCUGCCGUCCCUGCAGAGGAAGACCAAGCCCAGGAUUUUAACACAAUAGAGGUUAUAGACUCUGCAACCGGGGAGACUCUAUCAGAGCCUCAUGUGGAGUCUAAAGAGCUAGAGGAGGACGUUGAAGAUGUCGUCUAUGCUGGCUCGGCAGAGUUGGAAGCAGACGGGCACUACGACGCUCCCGAAGACCAAGAUCUGGUUGACCUAGAAGAAGAACCCUACCAGACAGAGGUACUGGAUGGAGAAUAUUUAGGAGCCCACGAUGCGGCAGAGAAUCAAGAAGUGCCAGAGCCAGCGCUGGAGCCAGAGCCUGAAACCAACGGAACGGCCCUGAACGGCACGAAUUUCCGGGAACAGAGUCCGAAGGCUGGCAAGAGGCCUCGUGCGGAUGAUGAGUCGAUCAGCAUAUCAAAUCAAGUACCAGUGAUAAAGAAACCUCGCGCCGAAUAA